GCCCAGGGCCGCCCAGGCCGACGUCGCCAGCCCACCCCGAGCUCGUCUCGCCGCCAGCCCGGCCCCGGACCCCGCGAUGGAGCGGCGGGAGCCCUGGGGAGCCGCCGUCGCCUCCCGCCUGUGAGCCGCUCCUCCCGCCCCGGGCCUCGUCCCGCGCAGACAGCCGGGCCUGCCGCUCGCCCUCCGCUGCCUCGGGGCUCCUCGCACCCCUCCUCCUCUUUCUCCUCCUCCUUCUCUCCGCCCGGCGAGCCGGUGGCGGCAGCCAGGAAAUGGUCCGGGCCUAGCGGAGAGCGGCGAACGGAGAUGUGGAAAUUAAGGUGACUUGGGUCCUUGCAGCGGGGCGUUAGUUGUGCCUCCCUUAGCCUGGCUGUGAUCCUGCUAGGAGUUCUCACAUUCGCUCAGGCCUCCCAGGAAGAGGGAAAGGGAAAUUAUAGCAGGAUCCUGUUUAUAGCAGCAGCAACAUGAACCGUGAAGACCGAAAUGUGCUGCGAAUGAAAGAAAGGGAAAGGCGAAAUCAGGAAAUCCAGCAGGGUGAAGAAGCCUUUCCGCCCAACUCUCCUCUCUUUGCUGAACCCUACAAAGUUACCAGCAAAGAAGACAAAUUAUCAAGUCGCAUUCAGAGCAUGCUUGGUAAUUAUGAUGAAAUGGAUGAUCUUAUAGGAGAUAGAUCGCUACCAAAGCUUGUUGGAAUUCCCAAACCUACUGUACCAUCAACAGCAGAUGAAAAAUCAAACCAAAGUUUCUUUGGUGAUCAGAGACAUAAUACUAGUUCGCAUCAGAGUAGCAAAUGGACUCCUGUAGGACCAGCACCCAGCACUUCCUCACAAUCUCAGAAACGGUCCUCGGGUUUACAGAGCGGCCACAGCAGUCAGCGUGGCAGUGGCAAUAACACUAGCAGCAGUGGCCAGAGGCACGACCGUGACUCGUACAGCAGCAGCAGCAGUCGCAAAAAAAGCCAGCAUGGAUCAGAACACUCCAAAUCCCGUUCUUCCAGCCCUGGGAAACCACCUGCUGUUUCUUCAUUAAGCUCCAGCCAUUCGAGAUCUCAUGGAAGCGAUCAUCACAGCAAAGAACAUCAACGCUCCAAGUCUCCCCGGGAUCCGGAUGCCAACUGGGACUCUCCUUCACGAGUGCCCUCAUUUUCAAGUGGGCAGCACUCUAACCAGUCUUUUCCGCCUUCGCUCAUGUCCAAGUCCAGUUCAAUGUUACAGAAACCCACUGCUUAUGUAAGGCCAAUGGAUGGGCAGGAAUCCAUGGAACCAAAGUUGUCCUCCGAACACUACAGUAGUCAGACUCACAGCAGCGGUGUGAACGAGCUGAAGCCUAGCAGCAAGGCACAUCUGACCAAGCUGAAAAUACCUUCUCAACCACUCGAUGCAUCAGCAUCUGGUGAUGUGAGCUGCGUGGAUGAAAUUCUGAAAGAGAUGACCCAUUCUUGGCCUCCUCCACUGACUGCUAUUCAUACACCAUGCAAAACUGAACCAUCAAAAUUUCCUUUUCCAACGAAGGAGUCUCAACAGUCCAGUUUUGGCACUGGAGAACAGAAACGAUAUAAUCCUUCAUCAAAAACAUCCAAUGGCCAUCAAUCCAAAUCAUGCGAAUCGAACCAGACAGAUAUGUUGAAAGAUGACUUAAAACUUAGCAGUAGUGAAGACAGCGAUGGAGAGCAGGACUGUGAUAAGACAGUGCCAAGGAGCACACCUGGAAGUAGUUCUGAACCUUCACAGCAUAACAGUGAAGGAGCAGAUAAUUCAAGAGAUGACUCGAGCAGCCAUAGUGGAUCUGAAAGCAGUUCAGGAUCUGACUCUGAAAGUGAAAGCAGUUCCAGUGAUAGUGAAGCUAAUGAACCGUCACAGAGUGCAUCCCCUGAGCCAGAGCCACCGCCAACAAACAAGUGGCAGCUGGAUAACUGGUUGAACAAAGUUAAUUCACAUAAAGUGUCACCAGCUUCUUCCGUGGACAGCAAUAUCCCAUCCUCACAAGGCUACAAAAAAGAGGGACGGGAUCAGGGAGCAGGAAGUGGGUAUGCUGAUCAGAGUGGAUCCAAGGACUCGAUUUCUUCAACGCCAGGGCGAGAUUCCAAACCCACCCAGAAGGGCUCAGAGAGCAGUCGUGGCAGGCAGAAAUCACCUGCCCAGAGUGACAGCUCAACACAGAGGAGGACUGUGGGUAAAAAGCAGCCCAAGAAAGCAGAAAAGACAUCUGUUGAAGAGCCUAGAGGAGGUCUUAAAAUAGAAAGUGAAACCCCAGUAGACAUGGCAACAAACAUACCUUCGAACAGGCAUAAGGCAGCCACUAAAGGUUCCAGAAAGCCUAAUAUAAAGAAAGAGCCCAAAUCUUCCCCUCGGCCUACAGCAGAGAAAAAGAAAUACAAGGCUUCAAGCAAAUCUGCCCAGAAAUCCAGGGAAUUCAUAGAAACAGAUACCUCAUCCUCUGAUUCAGAUGAAAAUGAAAGCCUGCCUCCUUCAUCACAAACACCCAAAUACUCCGAGAGCAAUAGGACUCCUGUUAAAUCUUCCAUGGAGGAGGAUGACAGCUUUUUUCGGCAAAGAAUGUUCUCUCCUAUGGAAGAGAAAGAGCUUCUUUCACCACUCAGCGAUCCUGAUGAAAGGUACCCACUUAUCGUGAAGAUUGACCUGAGCCUCUUAUCAAGAAUACCAGGGAAGCCUUACAAGGAUGCUGAUGUGCCCAAAGUGGAAAAGAAAAAUGUGCCAGAGAAGCAUGCAAGAGAAUCCCAGAAGCAGCCUUCAGACAAAGGUUCUACGAAAGGCAAAAGGAAACAUAAACAGAAUGAGGAUGAAAACAGAGCCAGUGAAAGCAAGAAAACGAAACUGGAAGAAAAAGCUCCAUCAGGACACAAGACUUCUAGCAGUAGGGAGUCUUUAAAACCAAGUGCUGUUAAAGAGAAGGAUUUACUGCCAUCUCCUGCUGCCUCAGUCCUUCAGAAGGAUUCCAAACAAGAGCACGGGUCCCGGAAGAGGACAGUCAGUCAGUCAUCAUCCUUGAAGUCCAGCACCAAUGUUAGUAAGGACAGCAGCAGUGGCAGUAAAAGCAGCUCAUCUUCUAAACAGAAGAAGAUGGAGGGAAAAGGUUCUGGCAGUGCUAAAGAAACAAAGGAGAAGAUUUUGAACAAUUCAUCGAGCUGCCCUCCUGUUUCUGCUCCAUCUACAGAGAGCUCAAAGUCAAGAAGAGCAAAACUUGUUUUUGAUGACAGGACUUACUCAGCUGAUCAUUAUUUACAGGAGGCAAAGAAGUUAAAACAUAAUGCAGAUGCAUUGUCUGACAGGUUUGAGAAGGCUGUGUACUACCUGGAUGCAGUGGUGUCGUUCAUUGAGUGUGGGAAUGCAUUGGAGAAAAAUGCUCAGGAAUCCAAGUCCCCGUUCCCUAUGUAUUCAGAAACUGUGGAAUUAAUCAAGUACACUAUGAAACUGAAGAAUUACUUGGCACCGGAUGCUACGGCUGCAGAUAAAAGGCUAGCAGUGCUCUGUCUUCGGUGCCAGUCUCUACUAUACCUAAGGCUUUUCAAACUGAAAAAGGAAAGUGCAUUGAAAUAUUCUAAAACUCUGACUGAACAUCUGAAGAAUUCUUAUAAUAAUUCUCAAGCACCGUCACCUGGUAUGGGAAGCAAGCCUGUUGGUAUGCCGUCUCCGGUCUCUCCAAAGCUGUCUCCAGGGAAUUCAGGAAAUUACUCUUCUGGGGCAGCCAACCCUUCAGGGAGCGGAUCUUCAGUGACGAUCCCCCAGAGGAUCCAUCAGAUGGCAGCCAGCUACGUCCAAGUUACAUCCAACUUCCUCUAUGCCACUGAAAUUUGGGACCAAGCUGAACAGCUGUCUAAAGAACAGAAAGAGUUCUUUGCUGAACUGGAUAAAGCUAUGGGCCCUCUGGUUUUCAAUUCGAGCAUCAUGACAGACCUGGUGCGUUACACCCGGCAGGGACUGCACUGGUUGCGCCUGGAUGCCAAGUGAUACUUGGAACUGAAGGAAUGGAAAACAGAACGCGUUCUUCUCGCUGCCUCCGAUUUAUCUCCACAACACUGUGUCAUGUCAAUAAGGAAGACUGCCAUAACACAUUGCUUAGUUGACACUAAGAGCAAGGAAUGCUUUCCCGUGUCUCCCAUCCUGAUUUGUGUUUUGUGUUUUAACCCAAAAUGAUCUCGUUAAUGGACUCCUUCAGUAUUCCCUUCUUAAGUUAUUUAAAUAUUUUUAAAUUUGCGACAUAUAAAGGUGUAGCUUUGCUGAUCUAUCGUGGAUAGAUUGGGUCAUUGGAAUUCCCGUCAUGAUACGUAAAUAGUUGGUUUAAAUCCUAUUUAUUUUAAUUUUUUAAUUUUAAUUUUGGAGAGCCCGAUUUUGGGCAGUUUUUAGCCGUUUCUUCCCUAAAUUUACCCUUCCAAGUACUUAGGAAAAAUUAAACAUAGACACUUUAUUUAAGUACUUUGUGAGCUUUGUUACUCUGUAAUGUCUUGUGGUGGUAGAACCUGUAAAAGGAAUUAGGAUUGAUAGGUUCUAACGUGUAGAAACACCAUACUUUUCAUGCCUAAUGCCUAUGAAUCAACUAAUAAAUGACAGCUAGAGUUUUAUUAUUGCAGAAUUUGUACUAAAUAGAAAAAUUCCAGAUAUUCUUCUACGUAUUAAAAUACUUCAUUUAAAUGAAUUUUAAAGAAAUUUAUAUGGAAAAAUAUUUAGCUGGAUCUGACUUGGGUUGCUUUCAAGGCAGUUUCAAAGCAUUGAUUUAACACUAUAACAAAUCACGAAACAUUGCAGUGAUUUGCAUUUGAUGUAAUAUCAGAGUAAUGGUGUAGGAAUGAACUUCUGAUAGGUGCGAUGCAUAUAGGAAAGGUUUCUGAAAUGGACAAUCUUGUGCUUUUUGAUAUCUCUUCAUUUAAGAUGCAUUUUGUUUCCUUGCUUGUCAUUUUUUGACCCUUGCAAAAUCCGCCCUUUUGUGGUUUAACAAACAAACAAACAAACAAACCAGUAGUUAAAUUCCUCCCAAAACUGCCAUUUGCAUCUUUUUCAUUGACUGGAAAAUCAGGAAUCUUAAGCAGAGAUGGAGAUCCAUUUUUUCCUUUUCGGGUCUGAUGGUUAAUGGACACUACAGCAUGACAGUGCAACAGCCACGGUGGGGUGGGAGCACACCUGCUAUUACAGGGAAGUUGUCUAAUCGUUUUGAUGCAGAAUGGAUUUAAAACUUGUAUUUACCCCAUAUUAAUGAAGGUCCCAUUCAUGUUUGAUGCAUUUGAUGGAGCAGAAUAUUCAUGUGAGAGGAAGUGAGUCGGUGCAACAGAAACAGUUGGUGGAGUUGCAGUCGACUGCUCCCAAAACGUGUAAACCAAAGUACCUUUCCACGUGAGGUGCUUGUCUGAGUCAAAGGUUUAAAAUGCUACUGCUUUCAGUAUUGCUUAGUGCCCCUAACAUGUCUGGUGUGCCUUAUGCCUUACUUUUAGAUGAAGAUUUUAUGAACUGUUUACAAGAUGUUUUACAGCAGGACCAGGUGUACUGUAUGCAGUGGUCUUCUGCAGUACUUGGGUAAAAUUCCAUUUCCUUUUCAAAAGUACCAGUGUCUGUCAUGCGAACUGACUUCUCCUUGCAAUGGUCUCCUUUUACAGAGUCGAGCUCUGAACAUUUUGGAGUGCGAUUGUGGAAUGCUGCUUUGUUUUAUCUCCCAUUUAACCCUUAAUUCUGUACCAGAGAUGAACGCGCACGUUCAGGAAAAAUUAUUGCACUAAAGUUUUGUGUCGUUGUGGUUAAGUGCCAAAAUCAUGGCAACCUCGACAGAAGGAAUAGAAUUCUACGCUCUCAGUACUGCAGUAUGUCCUAUGGGCUUUAAGAGUUUAGAAGUUUUGCAAACGAGUAACCUUCCAAAAGGUAGCUGCAUAUUCGUAGAGCUUCCUUUGCGUUCCAGCGUGUUUUGUACUUCCAGAAGAGCUUUGCUACUUACGAACCAACACGUGGUUGGUUGGCAGACCUGUGACUUUUCCCAUCACAGCUGAAUCACUGAUCAGGUCUGCUGGUUGGAGCAUCCUUUUUAUUGAAUCACUGUGCAAGAUGGCGUUUCUUUUCGUGUUUGCUGUUAGAGACAGAACUCUGUACCCUCAGACUCUGCACCCUGGUUAACGGGACACUGUCAACUAAGUUUUCCUCUGAUACUCUAAAGUGCCUAGCACUCUUUCAACGCUAUAUGAAAAAUACCUUUGUAGGAGUUGCAUUCAUAGUUGUUUUUUUUGUGUAGAGCUGCACCAGCCGGCGCGGCUGCUUUUGGCUUGCUCCUUUGUGCACCGUGACUGUAAGCAGGAAUGGUCUCAUCUCGGGGAAUUCGUUCUCUUUUUUUGUUUCCUUAGAGUCCCACAAAUACCUUUUGGUGUCGCCCGCAGUUGUCUCUUAAAAAAAAAUGUAUCACUUGUCCCCGGGUCGGCGGGUCUCAAAAUAUUGUCUUCACGUAACUGAAAGACUUCCCACGUUGUGUCACGAUGUGGACCUGAAAUGGCUGACAGAAUCUGUCACAGGGAGGUGUUCCCUGGAGUGCUGUCCCAAGUUUUCUGUCCGUAUGGGAGAUACGCAGUGGUCUUGUUAUUGGAAAAGAAAUGCCUUACUCAUCUGUGGCUAUUUCCAUCAGAGAAACUUAAACUUCACGCUUCCAAAAGCAUAUCUGCUCUGGGAUUUACCGUUGUGUCACAGACAGACGGGUGCUUUGUCAGAUUUCGUAGCUAUAAAAAAAGCAAAUACUUAAUAUGCUUCCAUCCCAGGGCCACAAUGCAGGCAAACAGCCCGACUGCCCUUUUGUUAACCUCUGCACAGCAGGUGGUGUCAGUGCUGAGGCUGCAGGGGAGGCUCAGGAGGGGAUCCCUCGCUCCCAGCUUCCUCAACGAUUCCCUAAACGAUUGUAUCUCAAAUACAUAUCAGUGCUGUGAUUUUCAUCCCCUUCCUGAACGCAGUCCCAGUUGAUGAAUCUUAAAAAUGGCUUAAUCAGACUAGGCUUGCUCAGAUAUCACUAUUGUUUGGGUUUGCUGUGAAACCUGCAGGCUCCUAGAUGAUAAGGUGCAACCAUUUCUAUUUAGAAUCGAAUCUUCAGGACGCCAGAGUAAAACAGCCCGAUACUUUUAUUUUGAUUUGAAACUAUUAGCCAUGAAGUAGAGCGUGUGGAUGGCUCUUCUUGGCUUUUGAUGGCAGUAUGCAAUUUGUAUUGUAUGUGUCUUUUAAUAUAUAUGUAUAUAUAUAUAUGAAAUCAGUCUGUCCAAAGUAUAUGUUAUACUUGUUUUUAGAUUAUGGUGCAACUGACUAUAUUGAUAUAUUAUUUAUUGAGUGCUGCGUCACCAUCUUACUGGUGGUAAAUCUCGCAUAUUAUACAGGAGUGCAAUGUAUAUUCCUUUAGAUUGCUGAGGCUUGAUUGCUGUGAUAACAAAAGAAAAAGGAAAAAAAAAAAAGCCCUGAAAUGUAUUUAUGAAUGGCCCCAACAUACAGAGAGUCGUUACUUUAUGGAAGUGAUGUUGUGCUUGCCUGGGGCAAGUAAAAUAAAGCCGUAGGCAGGUAAUUAUGUAGUUUUCCAAAAUGGGAAGCUAUUGGAAAAAGAGACUACCUUUGCUGUAUUUAAUGUUUCCUUUACCCAACAGAUAUUCACUGUCACCGCAGCAUUUAUGUUAAGGGCCUGAGCAAGUCGAGUUUGAAUUGCCCAUUUGGGAGUGAGCAACUUCCAAAUCUUUAGGUUUCUGACAAAUAUUUUGGUCAGGGUUUAAAUUGCUCCAUCUAAUGAAACAGUGUUAUGAAACCUGUAUGUUAAUGCUGAAUAUCUUGAAGUGUGAAGACUAACCAAAGCUUUUGGUGGCCAACUCGGACAAGUACAGAGCUAUUAUGGAGGCAAAUCUCCAAAGUGUGAAAGUUACCUAAAAGCAAUCAAUCAGGGAAUCGUGAUGUGUGUCAAACUCCAUUACUUCUCAAGGGAUUGGUUUCUGAUGCCAUGAUGCCAUUUGAAAGCAGCAGUGUUGGGGGUGGGAGGGCUCAGCUUUGUGGUGGGGACGCUUUUCUCUCAGCACGAGCUCUGGUCUCUGCAGAUCAGCCAUCGACCGCGUUACUUCUUUGCUCUCUGCCCGUCUCAGCUGAGUUUCAAUUGAAUUACACUAGACUGAGCAAUUCUGUGUUACAGCAUUAGGGUUUAUAUAGGCUGUCUUUAUGUAAACGUUUUAAUUUCACCUGGAAACUUAAUGGAAACGUACCUAUUCCUGCCGUAGCUCUCUGCGGUGCUGUUGGAGCUGAUACAGGCCAAUUGGAAUGCAGUGUUCCCUGACUUGGUUUUUAUAUGCAGCCCUGGGAAUCGGUGCCGCUGGGUGCACAGAACGCCUGCAGCCUUCCUGUUGGGCUGCACUGACGUUACACAGCUGAAAACUCAACUCUAAGGACCAGGCGUGACUUUUGCAAGCACAGUUCCUGACAUUUGUAUCUGGUCCCCCUUUUAAAUUGUUUUAAGAAAUUUUGUAUAUGGAGGAUAAAGUGCUUAUAUAUUUAUUAAAAAUCCUUUAUCUUAAUUGAAAUUAUUAUUUGAUGAAGAAGGGUUUUUUUGGGGGGGGGUUGUGGGUGAGGGAAGGUAACUUUUCACCUGUCGCUUAUCAGCGAAGCCCUUGCGCAUCCUACAGAAAGGUACAGCUGGUGGCUGACGGGGUGUCUCUGUUCCACACUUUGUACACGACCAGUCCAUGCGUUGCGUUUCGUUUCUAUCGGAAUAUUUGGGCAUCUGUCUUCAACCAAAACCUAAACAAACACACCGACUGUGAUUUUAUUUGUUGCAAUACAUUUGAAAUUUCAAAGGGUACUUUGGGGCUCAAAAUUAGGAUUUCUAAGUCAGUAUGUGCAUUUCACGUAAUAAAGCUGUUAAUGGUGAGCAAAGUAUUAUAUACUAACUAGAUUUUUUCCACAUCUGUAUAGUAUAUUCUAUGUAUUUUGUGGUAUUGAGAUUAUAGAAAGUUUAGUGUCUGAAACAUGCGUUUAAUGUGUAUUUUUAAACAAAUUUAUGGCAAUUAAAAUAUUUGGAGAAAAGGGUAUCACAUUUCAAUUUGUAAAGAUCUUUUUAACUACUGUGUCAUUAAAAUGCUUUGUACAAUGCAAAACUGUAACUGGAGAAACUAAGUUUAAUAAAUAUCAAAUAGAUUUUCUGUAUUAAA